GGCUACACAUAAGUUUGACAUCCGUAUAAAAUUGAAAGAAGCGCCAUCGGGAUUUGUGCAGUUUUAUGUUGAUAAUUUCUUUCGUGUAUUGAUUAGACGUGGAAAAUCAUUGUCAAAUACAAGUUUAUAAUAGCAUUCAAGUGCGUGUGUGAAAACAAUACAUUAUUAUCCAUUAUAGUGCCGUAAAUAAUUGUUUAAGUUUGUGACAAUUUGUUUUCAACCGUGGCGACUUUGCGAGGGACUUCAGAAUAUUUGACAAUUUAAAAUGGCGGCCUCGUUUGAACUCAAAAUUGUAAGAGGGUUUUUGAUAUAUUUUGCGCGGUGUUGACCCAGAAAGUGUGGUUAAAGUUGCAGUGUAAAGUGAGAAAUAUAUUUACUUCAAGAUGGAUCACAAUUUGGAUGACUCACUGAAUUUGGACAGCGCUAUGGGAGUGGACUUUGAGCCUCCCGGAGAUGUUGUGGUGAGCCAAGCCGACAUCUCACUUGAUGCACACUCACAUGAAGCGAACAUGCCAAUGGAGUUUGAAUCCAUUGAGGAGCAACCAAUGCUCAUGGACGCUGAGAGUGAACAAAUUAUUGGCUAUUCCGAUGACCAGUUCAAUCUUCAGGAUUUUCAGCAUGAUGAUGAUCACACGGGUGCCAACACAACUGUAGUCUCCAGUGAACAGCCUAUGUCGCAAGCGGAUUCAUUGCUGGACAUGCAGUUUGACCAGCAAGUAUUUACCUCCACCGCACCUGUUGAAAUCAAACCGCAGCAAGUGCAGCAGCCAAAAAUUAUUUCAGUCAAGGCUGCCCUACCACAGCGUAUCGCAGCCAAGAAGGAGUCCGUGGUGGUGCACGCGAUGCCGCGGCAGGUGGCCAUCGCGCCGAAGCCCGUGCCGAGGUCGCUGGGGCUCAAGCCGCUGACGCUGGCCUCGGCGAGGCCCCCCCAGCUCGUCAAGAAGGUCUCCAUCGCCAGCGUCACGGGGGCUACGCAAGGGAAGACUGUUUUGGCUCAAAUUGGCAAGCAGCUGGUCAUGGUCCCCGGCACCAACCAGAAGAUCAAGCUGGUGGCAGCCCCGAGUGGAGUUUCCAACAUACAGUACAUAAGAGCCAACCCAAAUGAUCAGGCUCAAUUAAUUACUACCAAAAGCAUAUCUGGAGCAAAGCCAAUGCUAACUAAAUUCAUCAUACAAGGACAGACAAGCGACCCGUCGAACCAGCCGGCGGUGAUCACAAAGCUGGUGUCGGCGGCGCCGCAGGCUCGCUACGUCACCAUGACGCAGAAGACCGUGCCCAUCUCCAUGCCCAACAAGGUUCUCGUUGCAUCACCGACGAAACAGACGGUGCGGAUAACGAAAAAGCAACACAUCGUCGAGAUCAAAUCGCCCACCACUGCCAAACUCAUACCGACGUCACAAACAGGGGGCACUAAGAAAGUGGUCAUCACGGCAACUCCUACACAAAACGUUAUUCUCAAAACUACUGCUCCACCUAAAACUCCACAGGUCAAUAAAGACGGAAAUAUAACUAUACAAGGUCAGAGAACGCAACUGCAUCAGAUUAACGUUCCAGGGAAAGGAAUCCAGUACAUCCGGCUGGUGACGAGCGGCGCGCACCCGGGCACGGCGCCGGCGCGGCUCAAGCCGGCGGCGCAGCCCAAGGCCGUCAUGCUCACCGACGCCAAAGGAAAUGUGCUUCAAAUGGCCGCCGAAAAGGUGCAAAGUGGACAACCCCCACCACUGGUCAUCUCCGGGUCCACUUCCUCCAUUAAUAUUAAUAAAUUGACGGCGCGGCCGCAGCAGAAGUUGGUGCGCAUCGCGCCCGUGGGGUCGGCGCCUGCGCUGGCUGCUACCCAGCAGUCGAUCACAAGCACUCGGCCCAUGCAGAGCCUGCUGGCGCCGCUGUCCCCCGCCGCGCCGCCUCCCCCUCCCCCUCCCCCUCCCCUCGCCGCCGCCGCCGCCGCGGCGCAGGACGAGGAGGCGCCGGACAGCAAGGCGGCGCUGCACGACCUGCUGCGCUCCGACCACCACCACGACCGCGACCGCGACCGGCACCGGGACCUACACCCGCCGCAGAACGCUGAAGUCGAGGUCGAGUUUGAGAGACAACAGAGUGAAGAAGAAUCCCGAUCCAACAGCCCCGAGCCGACCCCGGAGUCUCUGGAGCCGCUCAUCGUCAUUCCCAACUAUCUCAAACAACAGGAGAUACUACCAGACGACUUCACUGUCAGGGACGAAAGGAACAGUUUUCACAACUUCGACAUGCAGUCCUUCAACUCGUACCAGGCACCGCCCACGCCGCAACCUGUCUCGGAGAGCGACCUAGUGUCAGCAGAGCUAGGGAUGCGGCCGCGCAAAGCCUGCAACUGCACCAAGUCGCAGUGCCUGAAGCUGUACUGCGACUGCUUCGCCAACGGCGAGUUCUGCCACCGCUGCAACUGCAACAACUGCCACAACAACCUCGAGAACGAGGAGCUGCGCCAGAAGGCCAUCCGCGGCUGUCUCGACAGGAACCCUAACGCCUUCAGGCCAAAGAUAGGCAAAGCGAAGAGCGGCGGUCCGGAGAUCGUGCGGCGCCACAACAAGGGCUGCAACUGCAAGCGCAGCGGCUGCCUCAAGAACUACUGCGAGUGUUACGAGGCGAAAAUCGCGUGCACGGCCAUGUGCAAGUGCGUGGGGUGCCGCAACGUGGAGGAGUCGCUGGCGCGCCGCCGCGACCGCCGCGACACCGUGUUCCGCCCGCAGGCGCUGCCCCACAUCAAUUUUAUGACGACGGAGGUGAUCGAGGCGGUGACGCAGUGCCUGAUCGCGGCCGCGGCCGAGCCCAGCAACACGGACGCGGCGGUGGUGGAGCCCGACCCCGUGCGUGACGUCAUCGACGAGUUCAGCCGCUGCCUGCAGGACAUCAUCAACGCGGCGCACCACUCCGCGCCCAUGCUGGACGAGAGUCGAGCGUGAUAUUCGAGGAGGGCGAGGCGUAGUCGGAGCUAGCGGCCAUUUUAAAACGUGAUACUGUUUGUUAUUAGGAUAAGUGUGAGUGGACGCGAGUCAAACUGUGAGGAUCAUGGUGUGAGUGCAUUAAACAUCACUAUAGACCGACAAGA